CGCACUGACUGACAGCAAUCAGCAAUCUAAACCCGUACAGGCGUACAGGUGUUUGUGUGAUGCGAUUUUUCCGCCGCUCGCCUCCUCUUCCCUUUUCUCCUUUCUCAAAAACUCUGAAAUUAUCCAUUUUCCCUUUUUCUUCUCGUUUUGUUCCCUUUGAAUUCCAUUACCAAUAAUUUUUUGAUCUUCAACCUCCAGAUUCCCCACUUUUCCUGUAGAAAGGGAUAAAAAGAACUCCACUACCAAAAUCUCCCUUUUCCGAAUCCAUAUAUUAUGACAUGAUGGUUUUUGAUUUCUUCUAAGAAUGCAGGGAAUGCAAAACAAGGAGAUGGUGAUAGAAAAAUGAUGGUGCUUUUUCUUAGAUUGGUUUGAAUAGAUUGAAGGAAAAUUCGAAAUUCAAGAAAGAAUCAUCCAUCAAACCUGGAGGAUUUUAUUUUUUGUGGUGUGAUGGCACAUAAUAAAAGUCCCUUCUUUAUUGUUUCCCUGUUGUCGUGGUCGUCAUCAAGGAAGCUUGCCAAUGAUGUUGUCCUUUUCGGAUGUCGAUCUCGAUUCAAUACGCGAUCGGCAUUCGAUUCGUAUUCAAUUACUUCCGAAACCCACGUCCCCUUGUGAUCUCUCUAAUCUUAUUGCGUUUUUCUUUUUCUUCUUCCCAAUCUUUUUAUCUCUCUGCUACCGGGAUGAGUUCUGGUGUAGGAGAGGGGUUACUUUUUCCUGGCAAAAUUUGUUGUUGUAAAGAUAAUAAUAAUGGGUUGUUUGGAGCUGUUUGUAACGAGUCUCCUGAUUCAGAGGCUGAUUAUGUUGAAAAAGACCCCAGAGGUCGAUACGUUCGGUACUCUCAAGUUCUGGGCAAAGGUGCAUUCAAGACUGUGUACAAGGGAUUCGACCAACUUGAAGGAAUUGAAGUUGCCUGGAAUCAUAUGAGGAUUGAUGCUGUGAUGCAGUCACCACAAGACUUGGAAAAAUUAUAUUCAGAAGUUCAUCUUCUUAGAUCAUUAAAACACAAUAACAUCAUCAAGUUCUUUGAUUCAUGGGUUGAUCAUAAGAAGAAAAAUGUAAAUAUGAUAACUGAGCUCUUCACAUCCGGAAGCCUUAGACAAUAUCGGAAGAAACAUAAAACAGUUGAUUUGAAAGCGAUCAAGAAGUGGGCAAGACAAAUUCUAAAUGGUCUUCACUACCUUCACAGUCAAAAUCCACCUGUGAUUCACAGGGAUUUGAAAUGUGACAACAUAUUUGUUAAUGGGAACAAUGGAGAAAUCAAGAUUGGUGAUCUUGGAUUGGCAACUGUCAUGCAACAGCCAACUGCCAAGAGUGUUAUUGGAACACCUGAAUUCAUGGCACCGGAGCUUUAUGAAGAGGAAUACAAUGAACUUGUUGAUAUAUAUUCUUUUGGGAUGUGUCUGUUGGAAAUGGUGACAUUUGAGUACCCUUAUAGCGAAUGCAAAAAUCCAGCUCAAAUCUAUAAGAAAGUAACCUCAGGGAUUAAACCAGGUUCUCUUAGCAAAGUGGGUGAUUCUGAACUGAAGGCAUUCAUAGAAAAAUGUCUGGUUCCAGCAACUGAAAGAUCGUCUGCUGGAAAGCUUCUUGAAGAUCCUUUUCUGAAAGAGCCAACACCAACACCAGCACCAAGAUCAUUGAAUUUCAUGGAGAUUGAUCAAUCUGCAUGUUUAAACACCAAAAAUGGAGUUGCUGAAUUCAAGAGGAUUCAUCAGCAAAACGAGUUCAAGUUGAAAGGGAUAAAGAAUGAUGACAAUUCGGUUUCUUUGACCUUGCGGAUUGCUGACCCAUGUGGUGGGGUGAGGAACAUACACUUUUUGUUUUACCUUGAUAGCGACACUCCACAAUCUGUCGCGAUUGAGAUGGUGGAACAGCUCGAGUUAGCAGAUCAUGAUGUGUGUUUUAUUGCUGAGUUUAUCGAUUACUUGAUCACAAAAAUUAUACCUGGUUGGAAACCUAAUUCAAGGGGGGAUAAAGAUUCAGAAACAUCGGAUGCAUCUGUUGAGAUGAUGGGUGAAAAUGAUGUUAGGAUUUGUGAAAUGGAGGUUAGGGAUUUGUACUUUGGGUAUGGAUUAGAAUGUGUAAAAAGGAUUAAUGAAGAUUUUGCAGAUGAGGUUGAGUCGAUGAGCAUGAUAAACAAUGCUUCAUUUCUUUCUUUAUCAUGUAAUGAAGAUGAUGAUGAUGAUGAGAUGGAAGUACAUAAAGAUAUCGAAGAGGAUGAUAUGGAAUUGAGGCUAGGAAUUGAAGCAAUUGAAGCACAGUAUGAACAGCUGAGUAUAGAGCUCAAAAGAUUGAGGGAGGAGGCAGUGGAAGCAACGAGAAAGAGAUGGAUUAAAUGAACAAAUUAAUUAAUUAAUUAAUGUGGUCGUAAAUUAAUAGCAUGUGUGUGUACUGUGUAGGUUUAGCUAGGGUGGUUUCUGGAAGUUCUGUAAUAAAACCAUAAUGUUUGGGCU